AUCUCAUCUAGAAGAAUGAGUUUUUCUGAGAGACAAAGGAGAAGACGGCAAAAUGCCUUUGGUGCGACAUCUCCGCCGUUUAUUGACUAUUUAAAAGAUAUUCUGCGCAGAUAUCCGGACGGAGGUCAAAUCCUGAAGGAGCUGAUACAGAAUGCAGAUGAUGCCGGUGCUACAGAGGUAGUGUUCAUCCAUGAUGACAGAGCCUACGGGACCCAGGCCCUUUGGGCUGAAGACCUGGAGAAAUACCAGGGUCCUGCCCUCUACGCCUACAACAACGCAGAGUUCACCGAGGAUGACUGGCGAGGCAUACAGGCCACAGGGAGAAGCGUCAAGCGCAACGAUCCAAACAAAGUGGGCCGGUUUGGGAUCGGAUUCAACUCCAUCUAUCACGUUACAGAUUUACCAUGCAUAUUCAGUGGCAAAUACCUUGGCAUGCUGGACCCACAGGAGAAGAUAUUCGGAGAGCGAGAGGGAGGCAUGCGCUGGUCUCUUGAUGAUGAGGAAGACAGGGACACACUGCUGGUUUUGAGUGAUCAGCUCCAGCCGUUUAGAGAUGCGCUGGUACAUGUCAGUGACCAAACCUGGGAAGAUGCUGUUAGUGAAGACAAAAAGUUCAACGGAACCCUCUUCCGGUUUUCUUUACGUAACGAGCCAUCUGAGAUUUCAGACAACUUGUACGAUUCUGACAAAAUGGUUCAGCUGUUUAACAGCUUCAUUGCUGAUGCAGACAUGAGCCUUCUUUUCCUGAGAAAUGUUUCAUCGGUCUCACUGAUUCACAUCAGUACAAAUGGCUCAGUCAAUGUCAGACAUAAGGUGUCAGCAUCAAGCCCUGCAGUUAAUGAAUCCUUUCAUCCAAGAGAAAUGCCAUCUGUAGAGGGGUUCACACAUUUUAAAAACGUAUCCUCCUACUGCCCAAGCAAAGGCAAAACAGAAGUCCAGUGGCUUGUAACAAUGUGCUGUAUGAAAGAAGGACACGUGCCAGAGCUUGAUUCGCUAGCCGGGAAACUAAGCUUUCGACCCCAAGUUGACCUGGCAUUUCCGUUAGAUCAGGAGCGGUCUCUGACUGAUGGAAGACUGAGCUGCUUUCUGCCCCUUCCCAACAACGAACCAAACUGCACUGGACUCCCCGUUCAUGUUAACGCCUGUUUCGGCCUCACGGACAACAGGAGGCACAUCAAAUGGCAGGAGGAGGACCAGAAAUUCGAUGAAGCGGCCGUCUGGAACGAGUUGCUCGUUAAGGAACUUCUCCCUCGUGCAUACCAAAUGAUCAUUCUGGAUGCCGUUCGCUUUUCGCGAAGCUCUGACUUUCCUUCCUCCUCCGCGUACCAUCUUUGGCCUGACCUCGACCAGAUGAAACACAAGGAGCGAUGGCACAGUGUCGCUGCGGGAAUGCUGCGGCAGCUUCUCCUGUCGAAUGAACCCGUCUUUUCUCUGGCUGGGGAUGCACAAAAAUGGGUGACGUUGUCAGAAGCUGUGUUCUUAGCUGAUUACAGCAUGGAGCCUCAAAUGAAGAAUGCCGUGUCGGGUGUUCUGAUCGCCCUGGGAGAAAAGUUGGUGUCCAUUCCCAGUCAUAUAUCAAGAGACAUCCAGGCUGCUGUUGAAAAUCCCAAAACCUUAACAAGAGCAACCCCUGCUUUUGUUCGAAAGGUCUUCCGCAAAAAUGGAAAUGCUGGUCUCUCCAGAGAGGACAAGCUCUUUAUUUUGGAAUAUGUACUGAGCGAUGGGAAAUACCAUGAGCUCUGGGGGCUGCAGCUUCUACCUCUUAGCAAUGGGACUUUCAAGACAUUCUCAAAUGAAGAUCACAAUCUGGCCUUCAUUGACAAUAAGCAGUUCCCACGUGAGUUGCUGCCUGGCUGGAAGGAUGUAUUCUUGCCCCGAGAUCUCCGAAGUAACACUCUGCUCCACCUGAAGAAACUGGCAGAAACAAGUAAGAGAAAGCAUUGUUUUUGUCAAGUCACUUAUAACUACAUUUUUAAAAUAAAGUGGCCCAUAUUACUGGAGUAAACGAACAAAGACACAGUUGGGCAAUGUUGCUA